GAUUCCUCGUCCCCUUUGUUCUCAAAGCAUGUUGAAGAUAUCGUCUCUAAUAGCACCUCGCUGCAGGUACAUGCCUUCCAUCAAGCGGCCAAGCUGAACGGCCGUUGGGGUUACUCUCCUUUCCGUCGUCGGCCCAUUGGUCCUUUUCAUCCGGUCGGCAAGAUCGCUCUCCUCUGCGUAACAAGAGCCGGCGUAAUCAGACUCCUGUACCAGAAUCCGGACCAUAGAUGGGCAGAGAUAUCCGCUGAGCUGAAGACCACUGGCCAUUCGGACCGACUUCUAACGCACGCGGCGCUCGUGGCUACCCAAGGUACUCUUUUCAGGGCUCUUCUUGUCAGAACUCUUCUCGCUAAUCUGAGGAAUCUAGGGGGUAUCCUCAUAGCAACGCACUCUGCUUGCCAAAAGAUUGGCCUCUACCGGGUGCAUAUCACCUGGAAUCCGGCCCAAUGGGACCCGAAUCAGCCUAAGCAAGCUUCUGCAACACAUCCUUUCCCAACGCCGAGCUUUCGUAUCUUUCACAGCAAGACCGAAAAUCCGAGUAGCGUUUUCACACCCAACCGGAACCAGAGCGAUAAUUCGAAGGAGCACUCGCCGGCCCCAAGCUCUCUAUACAGCCUUACCCGUCUUGACAUCGUUCCUGGACAAUCAGACAGCACGGGUGGCUCUGCGUCGGGCCCGUGGAUACUGGCAGUCUACUCGAAUACCAUGCACGCCACAAGCCAUGACCCUCAGCAGCAAGCCCCCCCGUCUUCUGUUAUCGUCCGGUGGCAAAUGGAGACGGCAUCGCUGUCCCUGCAUCCCAAAUUCGAUGAGGUAAUAUCAAAGAAGAACAACGUUCAAGCAAAGGUAGAUCAGUCAAUUCCCCCUAUCCUUAGAAACCACCGCGGU